AUAUACAUGUGAUGCAAAUGCGUUUAUCUAGUUGCAAGUUAAGAGUGUAUUUGGCUAUAUGGUGCCCCCCCGCCCCACCCCACCGCCACCCCACGCACACGCACACCGCUGGAGGUGAGGCGCACCCGGCUGGACAGAAGCUCCGCGCAGCUGGAGGUAUCACCUCAAAAGUCCUGGAAGUCAUUCUGAUCCACCGGUGGGAUUCUUUUUUUUCCUCCCCCCCCUCACACCUCCCACUUUGGAAUUUCACUGCAGCUUGUUUUGUUUCCUGUGGAAUGCGAGGAAUUAAUUAAUUAAACAAAACAAAAAGCGGGGAACGUCCAUAAACAUGGAUGGUUCCAGAACAUUCCGUGUGUUCUUUGGGUCCAUCAUGGCGCUGGCCAUCACAGUUAAGUGCAGGCUGCCGCCACCCACCAUCAUCUCCGACGAGACCGAGUUCGCCUUGCGGCCGGAUUCGGUGUUCAACAUCAGCUGCACCGGCAAAGGCGCCGUCGUCUGGGCCGAGCCUCUCCCCCGGAAUACGUUCGUGUUGCCGGGCUACAUGACGGCCACGCUGUUCAUCUACAACGCCACCGUGGCUAACACGGGCUACUACGUUUGCGUCAACGAGGAUUUGGCGGAAAACCCGGCGGCGGGCGACCCGGAAGUGGAGCACAAAGCUGAGAUUUAUGUUUUUGUUCCAGACCCCCAGGUUCCUUUCGUCCCGGAGACCCCCGCCAACCUGAUCGUCGCCAUGGACGCCAUGGCAGUGUCCAUCUCCUGCCGCGUGUCUGACCCCCACUCCCACGUUACUCUGCGGAGCGUCCCCGGCGGAGAGAAGAUGUCCGCUUUCUACGACAACAAGCUGGGCUUCUUCGGAAGCCUCCCCGCAGGCCAGUACCAGUGUGAGACCAGCGUUGAGGGGCGAGUGCUCACCAGCGCCAUCUACACUGUCAAAUACGACGUCGAGGCGGAGGACUUUGACGUGCACGUAAAAGUCAGCACGGAGGCCUUGAGGGCGGGUCAGCCCCUCAACAUCACGUGCGUGGCCCCUGUCGGCUCCGCCUUUCAGCAGCAGUGGCUCCACCCCAAAACACAGGCUGUCAAUGCAGUUCAGAAGAAACAGAUUUUCCCCGACAGGGUCGUCUACACCCUGGAAAUCCAACGAGCCAGCCCUCAGGAUGGCGGCACCUACGAGUGCUCUGUCACCCAUCAUGUCAGUGGAAAGGUCCGGGUGAGCACCGUGGCUGUCACCAUCUUCGAAGAGAGUUCCUUUGUGGCCCUGGACCACAGCGGGAUCCUAGCGACUGAGUUUGUCAGCCUUCUGGAGGAGACCGAGUUCACCAUCCUCAUUGAUGCAUCCCCCUCGCCCAAAGUGACUUGGCAGCGAGAUGGCAAGGACAUACCAGAGAGUUACUACACUCUCACCGAAACGAGCCACCUCCAAGGCAACCGGUACCAGAGCAUUCUGACAUUGCGGCAACCUCUGGAAAGAGACAGUGGGAUCUACACCAUCACGGCUGUGAGUGGCUCUCGCACGGCCCAGUUCUCUUUCGCUCUCAAAGUCAAAGCCUCCACUGCCUUGACCUUCCCGCCAUCCUCGGGCCCGGUGCUGCUGCCACAGAUGGAGGAGAUGGUGGUGACUUUACACGCUCCCUUCACGCUGACCUGCCGGGGCGAAGCGAGACUGGCCUGGGACGUGCCGCUCGACGUGCCUGAGGAGACACGGGAAGACAACAGUGGUCUGUUUGUCACUACCAUCACAGUGGACCAAGCCUUGGCCAUGCAUACGGGCUUCUACACUUGCUUCUACAGCCAAAACGUCACUGACGAGGUGGAGGAGAGCAGCAUCUACGUCUACGUGCCAGAUCCUGAUGUUCCUUUUGUUCCAUCACCGGUGCCCUUCGGGAAUCAUGUCCUGUCCGGCCACGAGGAGAUGGAGAUUCAGUGUAGAGUGUCUGAUCCCAGCGCUAAUGUGACCCUGCUUAACGUGGACAGCCAACAACCAGUCCCAAGUGUCUAUGACAACAAGAGAGGCGCCCUAGGGGUGUUCACCGCCGGAACAUACGUCUGCAAGGCUGUCAUAAAUGGAGUAGUCCACUACAGUGAAGAGUACAUCGUCCAUGGCUGGACUGGUGGUGGCGCUCUGCACGUUGACCUGGCCGCCAAACGGACCGCUCUGUUGGUCGGUGACCCCAUAACAGUCACAUGUUUGGCUCGCGGGUCAGAAAUCCUGGAGGACCACUGGAAAUACCCCGGCAAAGUGGCUAACCGUGCCAUGAAGACAGUGCAGGAGAAUAAGCGGGAUCAGGAGAUUCUUUACACCCUGACCAUCCCACAAGCCUCAGCCAAAGACAGCGGCAUCUACGCCUGCUCCAUCACUGACAUCAUGAGUAAUGAGAGCCAAACCAAACAACUAGCCAUCACAGUUUAUGAACAUGAGUUUCUGUUUCUGCGGCCGGAGUUUGGCAGCCAGGAAUCAGCAGAGCUGGAUGAGGUCCGUGAGUUCAGGGCCGAAAUCGACUCGUUCCCCGGCGCUCGGGUCACCUGGCUCAAAGACGGCCUCCCGCUGAGCGACGUUACUGCCGAGAUCUCCGCCAGUGUGCGUCAGGUCAGCGAGACCAGGUACUCAGGCGUCCUAACCCUGAUCCGUGCGAAGGAGGAGGACAGUGGGAACUACACCAUGAGAGUGGAGAAUGGAAACCAAACUCACAGUGUCAGCUUUAACCUCAAAGUCAAAGUCCCUGCAGUUAUUGUGGACCUAAUGGACAUCCACCACGGGUCAGCCUCGGGCCAGUCUGUGGUGUGCAUCGCCGGGGGACAGCCCACUCCGGAAGUAGAGUGGUUCAUCUGUAAAAACAUAAAACACUGUGCCAACGACUCGUCAUACUGGGUGCCGCUCCCCGCCAACUCCACGGACGUCGAGGUCGAGUCGCACGUGGACGAGGACAACAACCUGGAGAGCCAGGUCCUGUUUGGCCAUCUGCAGAACACGUUAGCGGUGCGCUGCUUGGCUCGCAACGAAAUGGCCGCCGUCAGCCGGGAAGUGAAGCUUGUGUCCAGCGGCCCUCACCGGGAGCUGACUGUAGCUGCUGCCGUGCUGGUGCUGCUGGUCAUUGUCAUCAUCUCACUCAUUGUCUUGGUUGUUAUCUGGAAACAGAAACCACGCUACGAGAUCCGCUGGAGGGUGAUCGAGUCUGUGAGCCCUGACGGUCACGAGUACAUCUAUGUGGACCCCAUGCAGCUGCCCUACGAUUCCAGAUGGGAGUUCCCACGCGACAGGCUUGUGCUGGGUCGUAUCCUGGGUUCUGGAGCCUUUGGGAAGGUUGUAGAGGGCACCGCCUAUGGACUCAGUCGCUCCCAACCUGUCAUGAAAGUGGCGGUGAAGAUGUUAAAGCCCACGGCCCGAUCCAGCGAGAAGCAAGCCCUGAUGUCAGAACUGAAGAUCAUGACUCACCUCGGACCUCAUCUCAACAUCGUUAACCUCCUGGGAGCAUGCACCAAGUCAGGCCCAAUCUACAUUAUCACUGAAUACUGCUUCUAUGGUGAUCUGGUCAACUAUUUGCACAAGAAUAGAGAAAGCUUCCUGAGCCUGAGCCCAGAGAAACAGAAGAAAGACUUGGACAUCUUUGGAAUCAACCCAGCAGACGAGAGCAGCAGAAGCUAUGUGAUCCUGUCUUUUGAGAGCAAAGGCGACUACAUGGACAUGAAGCAGGCGGACACCACUCAGCAGUACGUGCCCAUGCUGGAGAUGCCCAACACCUCCAAAUAUUCCGACAUCCAACGCUCGGACUACGACCACCCUCCCUCCCAGAAAGGCUCGAGCGAAAUGGAAAGGGACAACCUGCUGUCGGACGACGUGGACGAGGGUCUCAGCACGACGGACCUGCUCAGCUUCACCUACCAGGUGGCCAAGGGCAUGGAGUUCUUGGCUUCCAAAAAUUGCGUGCACCGCGACCUCGCCGCCAGGAACGUUCUCCUCUCUCAGGGCAAGAUUGUGAAGAUCUGCGACUUCGGGCUGGCCAGAGACAUCAUGCACGACAAUAACUACGUGUCCAAAGGCAGCACCUUCCUUCCUGUCAAGUGGAUGGCGCCGGAGAGCAUCUUCGACAACAUGUACACCACCCUGAGCGACGUUUGGUCUUACGGGAUCCUCCUUUGGGAGAUAUUUUCCUUAGGUGGAACCCCGUAUCCCGGCAUGGUGGUUGACUCGAACUUCUACAACAAGAUCAAGAGUGGAUACAGGAUGUCCAAGCCGGAGCAUGCGCCUCAUGACGUCUACGAGCUGAUGAUGAAGUGCUGGAACAGCGAGCCGGAGAAGAGGCCUUCCUUCUUGGGUUUGAGUGACACCGUAUCAUCUCUGCUGCCUUCCAGCUACAAAAGACAUUACGAGAGGGUCAACCGCGACUUCUUGAAGAGCGACCACCCCGCCGUGACGCGGGUGUGCGUGGAAAGCGACGACGCGUACAUCGGGAUCGCCGACAAGAACCAGGGCAAGCUGAAGGACCGGGAGAGCGGCUUCGACGAGCAGCGGCUCAGCUCCGACAGCGGCUACAUCAUCCCCCUCCCCGACCUGGACCCCAUGUCCGACGACGAAUACGGAAAGAGGAACAGACACAGUUCGCAGACGUCCGAGGAGAGCGCCAUCGAGACGGGCUCCAGCAGCUCCACGUUCGUCAAGCGCGAGGGCGAAACCCUGGAGGACAUCACGCUUCUGGAUGAGAUGUGUCUGGACUGUAGCGACCUGGGCGAGGACAGCUUCCUGUGACGUCACCAUCGAGGGAGGAAAGAGGGAGUCGGGGAGGUUGCGGAGUAAAAAACAACCUGCCGAUCAACCAAACACUCCAGCUGUCUUGCCCAAAGUCAACACCCCCCCCCCCACCCCCCACCCCUAGUGGAGGACAAACCACUCGGACUUUACCUCUCUUGGGACAGCUGCCCUCUUUUGGGCUGGAGGACCGAGUGACAAGGAAAAUGACUUUUUCAGUUGAAGAGCUUUAUUUCUCGGGCAUUCCUUUAAUUUCAAGAAGGGAAGGAUGAGCAGCUUUAAACCAACCGCCCCUCAGGACACGUUUAACCACUACAUCAUCUGGUCCAGUCCAGGUGGACCCCCUUGAACCCCCCCCCCCCCCCCCCCAUCUACAUACUGUAGCACCUGAUGCUGGCACAAUCAGUCGCAAUACUAGAGCACAAAAAUCUGUGCACAUGCAUUAUAUUAACGUGACAACAUGAGGGCUGAAUAUGCGUUUAUUUUUUUUACGUCGCCGUUAUGUACACAUGUAUUAUUUGUGAAUAUCGAGUAGAUAGAUAGCGUGAAUGGAUUGGACCUUGGACUAGUUAAAAAAAAAUGGAGCUCAUAAAGGAGUGUGAUUGUACUGUAAAUAGCACCAGAGCUUUUUUUUUUUUUUUUUUAUAUAAAGAGAGAAUACAUGGAAAAUCAUAUUUUUAAUACUAGCACAUAUUAAGCUUCCAGGACAGCAGGUAAUAAAAUAAAUACAGUGACCCCCCUGCGUAUUUGUGGUUCGGCAUUCGCAAAUUUGCUGAAAUAUCUGAAACUGUUUGCAGUGAGUUGAAGAGCUUCAUCUAGACAUAAGUAGUCAUUUGGUGCCAUUGUGUGGCCUCUAUAGCCAAUUACUGUAUAGUUUAAACCUUUUUGAGGGUGGCUAAUUCCUCUCAGAGUCUCACCAAUCAAACACCAAAUAAACUCAAUGUGUUCA